AAAGAUUUAGUUCAUUACAAGCUGCAAGGUGCACGAUUUAGUUCAUGAUGUUGCUCAGUCCGUUUCACUUAUUAGGCAACAACAAAAUGUGUCUGAUGAUGUGAAAUUGUGGCACUCUCUAUUCUUAAAUUUGACCAGCUCCUUCCAUAUUGUAAUGGACUUCAAAGGUUUAAGUGUUCUUAAAUUUGGUGGUGCUGAUAUUAAAUCAUUGCCAGAUUCGAUUGGCAAGCUAAAUCAUUUGAGAUACUUUGAUAUCUCGAGAACUGACAUAGAGAGACUACCAAAGUCCAUUGCUCGGCUCCACCUUUUGGAGACAUUAAGAUUGUUGACGUGCUUCGGGCUCAAAGAACUCUCAGGAGGAAUGAAAAGUUUAGUCAACUUGAGGCAUUUAUACAUCAGUGUUGGACAUCAUGUUCCUGUUGAGAUAGGAUGCUUAACUAAUCUUCAGACUUUGCCAUUAUUUAAAGUUGGCAGAGAAAGGGGUAGAGGGGUUGGGGAAUUGGGAUUUUUAGUUGAAUUUGGAGGAGAAUUGGUCAUCGAUGAUCUUCAGAAUGUUAGAGACAAAGAAGAAGCUAGGGGAGCAAGAUUAUGGGAGAAAAAGAAAUUACACAAGUUGGAAUACCAUUGGGACCUUGAAAGGAUCCAACACUUGUGUUUCAUAUCGUUUCUCUUUUUUUCCUGGAAUAACAUGGUUCUUGUCUAG